ACUUCCUCACAUAUCUAUUCCUGCCCGCCUUUAAAACCAUUCUCAUCAUCAUCUCCAAACCACUUUCCUCAGCUGAGUAUCCCCCCACAAAUGUCUCUCCCCGCCAUCCUCUGCCUCCACGGCUCCGGCGUAAACGCCACCAUCUUCCAAUUCCAAACCGCCACCCUCCAACACCUCCUCUCCAAAACCUUCACGUUCAUCUUCCUCGACGGACCCUUCGAGACCCGCGCCGGCCCCGGCGUGCUCCCCUUCUUCGACGGCUGCGAGCCGUUUUUCCGCUGGAAAAGCAAAUCGGACGAUAACGUGUUCGCGACCGAAGAAGUGGAAGACGAGGUCCGGACCCUGAUUCGGGAGACGCUGAAGACGCGGGACGAUUGGGUCGGGAUCCUGGGGUUUUCGCAGGGCGGGAGGAUGGCGGCCGGGUUGUUGGCCGAGCAGGAGAGGAGAGAGGAGGUGGGGGAGGAGGAGGAGGGGGCAGGGUUUAAGUUUGGGGUUUUUGUGAUGACGCCUGAGCCGCCGAUGACGGGGCUGGUGUAUGAGGAGGGGGUGGAGGUCAGGAUUCAGAGUCCGAGUGUUUUGGUUAGUGGGAAGAAGGAUUUUUGGUAUGAGUCUAGUAAGAGGAUGCGUGAGAAGUAUUUUGAGGAGGAGACGUCGAAGUUGGUUGAGUUUGAUGUCGAUCAUAGAAUGCCGAAUGCGUCGGCGGAUGUUAAGAUUAUUGCGUUGGAGGUUUUGAGGUUGUAUCUUGAGACUACGGGGAUUCGGGGUAUCCUGAAUCAGUAGAGAUACUUCUCCAUGCAAACAGAGAUGAGGAAAUGAGUUUCUCAUGUACUAUAGUGCAGUCUUCAAUUGGAGCCUGCUCUGAAACGAGAGUUUGGGUUUAGAAAUAGGAAAUGGGAGGUAAGAGGGAAUGUAUGUG